GCAAGGCGUGAAUCUUGACGAGGCAGACGAUGUCAAACCUUCGGCAUACGUUGCACACGCUCUUUAAACAAACAGUAGAAACUGUGACUCCUCCACUCACAAAGAGCCAAUUCGAGGAGAAGCGGGUACUCACACCAGAUGAGUUCGUGGCAGCGGGCGAUUACCUCGUCCACGCGUGUCCGACGUGGUCCUGGGAGGGCGGCGACCCCAAGAAGCGCCGCACGUACUUUCCCCCCAACAAGCAAUUUCUGGUAACGCGCAACGUGCCCUGCCUGAAGCGCGCCACUGAGCUCGAGGGCUACAACCCCAACAGCGAGUUUGACGUGGGCGGCGGCGAGGGCGAGGACGCCUGGGUGGCCACGCACUCCAACCCGGCGGCAGCGUCCGGCUCGGCCGGCAAGGGGGAGGUCCCGUCCAUCGAUGGUGCGGGUGCGGGUGGGUCAGGUGGUGCCGGCGCCGCGGGUGGCAACAAGGAUGACGACAUUCCCGACAUCACUGACCUGGAGCUCAACGAGGCAGAUGAUGAGGCUGCGGCGCCCAGCGGCCGGCCCUACCUGCGCGCGGAGGAGCCGGCGGACAACAUUAUGCGCACCCGCACGUAUGACCUGUACAUUACCUACGACCAGUACUACCAGGUGCCCCGCUUCUGGCUGGUGGGGCACGACGAGUCGCGGAAGCCGCUGUUGCCGCAGCAGGUGAUGGAGGACGUGUCGGAGGAGCACGCGCGCAAGACCAUCACGGUGGACCCGCACCCGCACCUGGCGGGCCUGUCCGCCGCCUCCAUCCACCCCUGCCGCCACGCCGACGUGAUGAAGAAGCUGGUGGACAACCUGCUGGAGGCCGGCCGCGAGUUCAAGGUCGAGCAGUACCUGGUGCUGUUUCUCAAGUUCAUCGCGUCCGUGGUGCCCACCAUCCAGUACGACUACACCAUGUCUGUGGGUGGCGAAUAAAGCAAGCUGGGACCAGCGGCCUGGUGCCCGCUCCAUAAGUGGGCGUGUGAGAUCCUUUCCUGGGAUGGCGCGAUCGGCUUCGAGGCAAGGAGAGGCGUAGCGAGGAGCAGCACAUGAAAGCCUAUCGCGUAUAAGCGGGCUGCUAUUGGCGAUGAUGUGCUACAAUAUCAUCGUUGCCGGUCCGCACCCCGGUUCGGCUCGCGCUCGACGCAAGUUGCAAAUAGCGUAUGAGGACCGAGUACCGCAAUGUGCGUGUUGUGCGCAAAAUGGACAGCUUGUUGCUUGCUGAAGCGUUGGCGAGGCAAAGUUGGACGGGCCCGGGGGGGUCGCGGGGAGAUGAAAACGCAGGGGAGGCGGAAACGAACUGGCCCGGUCGGACAUGCAGCCGCAGUGUGAUCUGAGCCACCCGCGCGACUCGAGCGGUUGAGUAUGCCGCCGAGUGCGCCGUUUUGGCGCUCGUGUGAGGUCACUGCAGUGGCGUCGGAGGGGAGGCGACGGCGGGGUCAGGCCUGUAAAAUGCUUAGGUC